AUGUCACCACCAUCAGCAUCAUCAUCAUCAUCAAGUGAACAACAAGAAGCAUCAGUUCUUGGGAAGAGAAGUAAUGAUCAAGUUGAAAAUUCCAAAGAAGAAGACUCUUCGGAAAGUCAAUCAAAGAAGGCCACUUCAUCCUCCAACAUGGAACAAAGUUUAAAGAAUCACAUUGAUAGUCUAGUAAAGAGUUGGUAUUUUACUCCAAUGCCACCGAUUAGACCUGGAGUUGGUGAAUAUACAACCUAUGAAUGUUUUUCCUAUGAUGAAUUACCUAAAAUUGAGGAUAUUUACAAGAGUGAAGAAGGUGAUGAAUGUCAAUUUAAACAACCAUCAUUUGAUGGUACUUGGGAAUGGAAAUUAAAAUCAAUGAAGGAACAAAUUGAAGAAUUUAAACAAUUAAGAGGCAAUGAAAAGAGAAAGAACAAUAAGAGAGAAAAGUUUGGCUUGACACAAAUUGAUCCGACCUAUACUCAAUCCGAUGUUGAUUUGCUCCCACCAGUUCUUAAGGUACUAUUCAAUGAUGUUUACUUCCACUUUUUGACAUCAGAUAUUGAAUCUCCAACUGCUUGUUACUUUAGUUUGAUGAAACCAAUUCCACUCUCAUCCUACUCUCCAAAACAUGAAUUCUGUCUCGUUCCAUUCUUCAAUGAUCAACAAUCUUGUUUGACAUGGUUUGCACUCUUUGAUAGAAAGGCCUCUAAGGAAGAAUUCAACAAUAUGCCAGGAUGUUUUGAAAAUCCAAUUGUUGUCACUGGAAUAAGCAUUGCUGAUUUGGAAGAUGAUGAUUCACAAGUAGUUAAAUUGGAUGAUUUACAAUUCCAAGCUCCAUCCAUUGAGGAAUUUGUUUGGAGAACUGCUGUGGAAAGUAAUUUGUGGAUGUGUGUUCAUCCACAAUGUGGAAAGAUGAAACCAAUCGAUAUCAAAUACAAGCCAGGUCAACGAUAUGCUCUCCACUAUGAAAACUUGCAAAAAGCCAAACAAUCAACCACCCAAAAACAAGACGAAAAGAAAGAAGAAGAAACCAAACAAUAA